AUGACUCAACACCUCUCCUUCGUAACGCUCGACGUCUUCACGGCGACACAAUACACAGGGAACCCGCUGGCCCUCAUCACCGUCCCACAAGACACGGUCCUCUCACAGGCCCAGAAGCAGCGGAUCGCACGGGAAUUCAACCUCUCCGAAUCCGUCUUCCUGCACGAACCAACGCAGCAAGACCGCGCCGACCAGUCUGUGCGGAUCGACAUCUUCACGACGCAGGCCGAGAUCCCCUUCGCCGGCCACCCGGCCGUGGGCACGGCGAACUAUGUCCUUCGUCUACUGAAGAACAACAACAACAACAAUAACAACAACCACAAUCAAUUCAACGACGUGAAAGCCCUGCAAACCAAAGCAGGCCGUCUCGGCAUCACCCUGAACCCCGCCGUCUCCGGGGUCCAGAUCUCGCUCGCACACAACCUGCACGUCCACGCGGCGCCGUUCGCGGAUCGUCCCUUUGGAGCGUAUCCCGUGGUCAGCAUCGUCAAGGGCAUGACGUGCAUUCUUGCCCGGCUGCCUGAUCUGGCCUCGUUGGCUGCGCAGUCGGCCAACCUGCUGGGUGCCGAUAACACUUACACUGCGCGGAACGCCCUUGAUGAAGGCUGGCGCGAAGGGCCGGUUCUUUCGUACUUUUAUGUCGAUAUGGGCACGGAAACUGGAAGUGCUGGCAGCACCGGGGGAGAAGAAGCCACAAUCGUCAAAAAACGCAAUCUACGCACACGCGGGUUCUUCACCAGCGAAGACUCGGCCACAGGCAGCGCCGCGGGCGCGUUGACAUCCUAUCUCUCCCUCCAGGAGGGCAAGCCCGGCGUGUACCGCUAUGUGCUUACGCAGGGCGUGGAAAUGGGCCAGAAAAGCGAGAUUUUUGUCGAUGUCAAGGUCAAAGCGAGCGAGGUUGGAGAAGACGACGACGACAAUCAGCCCCCUAGAGUCGAGAUCGAUCAAGUCCUUCUCAGUGGGUCGGCUGUGCAAGUUAUGCAAGGGACAUUGGAGAUUCCCAGUCUUGACCAUUGA